CAAGAUAGUGCUGGCACGAGACAUCAUGGAAGUCAUUGAACUCGAUCAAUGGGCUGAGGGCCUACCAGGUAAGCCAUAUUGCGAGAAUCGCAUUGCAUCUGCAUGCCAUUGGGUGGGUACGGCUGACUUGGUGUAUUAGGUUAUUCCAGAGCAAACCCCAUAAUCAUCAAGGAAUUCGACCAAUCCGACCUUCUCGCCGAGUUACAUCUAUUCAAAAAGCUCCCCAAUGAAAUCCAGCUCGUGAUUUGGAAAGAAGCGACCGACAGCAUUCCAUCACGAAUUGUUCCAGUUGAACCGAAAUUAUCUGGAAAUGUUAUUCCUAGUGUCCUUCAUGUCUGCUCGGCGAGUCGUGCAGAGGCAAUGCACCGUUACAGACGCAUGGAAUGGACCAGCAACAGUACAUUCUUCAUCGACGUCGAAAAUGAUGUUCUCUUCUUCACAUUAACCGCAGUCCCAUGGGCCAUCAAGGGUCUCACGAAUGGGAUUAAAAAGGUUCUAGUUUAUCUUAUAACUAUCAUGUGCUAGGAAGAGACGACUAUCUCAUCAAAAAAUUCACUACCACAAGCGGCAAUACCCCUGAAAUACUUAUUGCAGUCAACGGGUUUCAUGCCUUGCCGUCUGGUGACCAAGUUUGUCUUCGCACGCGACAUGAGUUCAAAUUAGAAAGAAGAAAGGACGUUUAUGAUGACUCGGAGGUGAAGUCGCACAUUGCCGAUGCAAAAAGAGCUCUCUGUAACUAUGAACCUGCGAACACAUGUGCUGCGAGUUUCAUCGCAGGAAUGCUGGAUCGCCCUGGGGAUGGGGUGCCUAUAUACCCGCGUCCAAGUGUCGAGACAUUGAGAUUCGUGGAAUUCGAGGAAAGUUAGCUGCAAGUAGUUUCCUGAUGAGGACUCAGGACUGCCAGUUACAAGUUUGGGGUUUGCGAAACUAUGGCUCGACGGUACCUGCUUGCAAUGGAGAUGAAUCAUCCGAAGGAUUCUUGGCUGGGAUCUCUUUCAGAAUUUUAAGGUGUAUCUGGUGAGGGAUCGGUGGAGGACCAGGUUCUACGAGAAAAAUAUCGCCCAAAACCCUGUAUUGCUA